AUGGGGGGCAAAUCCGGCACUAAAGCUGUCUACUUCGACAAGCUCAAGGGCUUGCUCGAGGACCAGACAACUAACAAGAUUCAACAGGUCAGCGUCGACAAUGUCUCGUCGCAACAGAUGCACGAGAUCCGACAAAACCUGCGCGGUGAAGCCGUGGUCUUGAUGGGGAAGAAUACCAUGGUCCGACGAGCUCUCAAGGGUUUCAUCACCGACAGCCCCGAGUACGAACGUUUGCUGCCUCACGUUAAGGGAAAUGUUGGAUUCAUCUUCACUAAUGGUGACCUGAAGACCAUCCGUGACAAGAUUCUCUCAAACCGUGUCGCAGCUCCUGCUCGUGCUGGUGCAGUUGCUCCCGGAGAUGUCUACGUCCCAGCUGGGAAUACUGGCAUGGAACCCGGCAAGACCUCUUUCUUCCAGGCUCUCGGUGUCCCUACCAAGAUUGCUCGUGGUACCAUUGAAAUCACCACCGAUCUCAAGCUCGUCGAGGCCGGCGCCAAAGUCGGUGCCUCUGAAGCCACCCUUCUCAACAUGUUGAAUAUUUCUCCCUUCACCUAUGGUAUGAAGGUUCAGCAAGUGUACGAGGAAGGACAAACGUUCUCGCCUGAUGUGUUGGAUAUUGAGGAGAGCCAACUGCUCAAGUCUCUUACAUCAGCCAUCGCUACUAUUACCACCAUCUCCCUCGCUGCCAACUACCCGACGCUUCCAUCCGUCAUCCACAGCUUGAUCAAUGGCUACAAGAAAGCUAUCGCGGUUGCCAUUGAGAUUGAUUACGAGUGGGACGCAAUCCAUGAGCUCAAGGAUCGCAUUGCCAAUCCUGACGCAUAUGCUGCCGCUGCGCCGGUGGCAGCUGCUGCGACUGAGCAGGCAGCACCUGCCGCGGCCAAGGAAGAAGAAAAGGAAGAGGAGAAGGAAGAGUCUGACGAUGAGGGCUUCGGUGGUUUGUUCGAUUAA